CCUAAAACACACUGUGUAACUUCCACAAAGGCCAUGCCAUCAAGCCCGUCGCUCUAACCCUCCUCCGUCGCCAUGUCCGCCUUAUCCAGAGGCCUCAUUUCCCGCCUCCGCCUCCUCUCCCUCAACCCCGCCACCUCUUCUUCUUCUUCUACUACUCUACCCGCUACGACGUCGUAUUCCCAUUUCUUCCGAUGCUUCGCCUCCGAGGCCCUGGCCGACGGCGCCGAGAUCGCCGAGGAUCGGGGCCGGAUCAUCGAGGCCAAGCCCGGAGUUAUGACCCCGCAGUCGAAGCGGACCGGGGUCAUCGCCGUCAAGUGUGGGAUGUCGGCGCGCUGGGACAAAUGGGGUGCUAGGGUUCCAAUCACCGUGCUUUGGGUCGAUGAUAAUAUCGUCUCUCAGGUUAAAACCCCCGAGAAAGAAGGAAUCACUGCCUUACAGAUUGGUUGCGGGCAGAAAAAGGCAAAACAUCUGACAAAGCCUGAAGUGGGCCAUUUCAGAGCUCAAGGUGUUCCACUUAAGAGAAAACUGAGGGAGUUUCCUGUAACAGAAGAUGCGCUUCUCCCUGUUGGUAUGUCAAUUGGUGUUCGCCAUUUUGUUCCAGGCCAAUAUGUUGAUGUUACAGGAAUUACGAGAGGGCAUGGUUUUCAGGGUGUGAUGAAAAGGUAUGGACACCGUGGAGGGCCAGCAAGUCAUGGUGCUUCUAAGUCACACCGAAGUAUUGGUUCUACUGGUCAGAGAGAUGAUGCUGGAAGGGUAUUUAAGGCCAAAAAGAUGCCCGGGCGCAUGGGUGGAAAACAGAGAACGGUUAAGAAUGUAUGGAUCUACAAAAUUGACCCUGCAAGGAACUUGAUAUGGGUGAGGGGCCAGGUCCCAGGUGCUGAAGGAAACUUUGUGUUUAUCAAGGAUGCUUUUUACAAGAAACCCGAUGUGUCGAUCUUACCAUUUCCAACUUACUUUGCUCCAGAGGAUGAAGAUCCAAGCAAGCUAGAACCGCUUGUUGCUGAUCUUGGAGAAGUAGAUCCAUUUAUGGUGGCAGAUUAGUAGACGGUGGCUGAAUUCAAAACAACCACUUCAAAGUGAACUCUGUUUUUGAGUUCCACCAAAUCGAGCAUGGUGGCACUUCAGGUGUACAAGACCCGUCUGAGGCUGUUGAUUUGAUACUUUUUCCAAAAUUGUUUUUGUUAUAGGAACACAGUUGCCGAGGUUGUAAUAGCAUAAUCGAGUCUAGUUCAUUCAACCUCAGAUUUCAAUACUGACCAACAAUGUUGUCAUCUUGAAUCCAUGUUUUGAAAUAAAUAUGGCCGACUUUCAG